CAUAAAUGGCGACGGACCGAGUUCAUUCUUACGAGUUUGAAAAAGUGAUUUGCAUCCAUUUACAAGGCGGUAAUAUGCCGAAAGUGCAAUCCUAUCAAUGUAAAUUUUGUGAGGCGAUUUUGAAAAGUCUAUUAUCCGUUAAGAGACAUGUCAACAAAAAUCACGCCACCCACGGACAUGUACAUUUUAAGUGUAACAUUGACAACUGUUCAGCACAUUUAAAUGAUAAACAUUCUCUGCGGAAGCACAUACGGAAAUGGCACCAUGGAAAAGAAUGGAGAGUGCCGCAAAGCUGGUACAAAAAUCUUAACGAAAACGUUACAACAGAUUGUACCGUUUCAGUGUAUGAUGACUGCGAAGAUAAUGUGGAUGCGGAUUGUUCUUAUUCAUGUACACCUGGUGGUAAAACUGAACCAGCUUCAAGUGAUACAGAUGUUCAAAUUUUCAAUUACACUUUGCAAAAUUUGUCAGAUAUAAAAGCCCAAAUGGCUUUAUCUCUGACCAAGCUCAAGGCUGAUUGCAAAAUGCCAGAGACAGCUUUGUUGCAAGUUAAAAACUGGGCUGAAACUUUGUUGGAACAUACUGUUAGAUGUGUUAUUGGUGGAAUAAAAUCAAAUGUAGAAGUGACUCCAGAAAUUGAGAAUGUGUUUGUAAUCGGAAUGGGACUAGCAAAUCCUUUUCAUGGUAUUGAAACUCAAUUACAGCGGAACAAGUUGCUUCCUUGCUUUGUGAUGCCAAGAAAGGUUCUAUUGUUCGAAGAGCCUAGAAGUGGAAUUAGGCAGGGUCAUGUCAGUCACAGCUUGCAGUAUGUUCCUUUAGUGGAACUACUGCAAACUUUGCUUCAAAAUUCUUCACUGUAUCAAAACCUACAAAUUUCAACCUGCAAAACACCAAGUAUGAAAACUUUAAUGUAUGAAAACAUCAUGGAUGGCUCAUACGGACAACACCACCCUCUAUUUUCUAUAAACAUUAAAACCAUUCAAUUGUUGUUUUACUAUGAUGGAUUUGAAGUAGUGAAUCCUCUUGGAUCAAAAACAGGAACUCACCACAUGGGUAAAAAUAUUUGUAACCAAAAUGAAUCACAUCAGAGUCGGUAUAUAAACAUGAGUUAUUUCAUGUCCCUCAUAGAAGUCGCAUAGCACACAGCAAAUUGGGCUAAUUUGAUAAUAUAAUAGACAUAACAUAAACUGUACAUAUAUAGCUAUAUUUAUUCUACCUUAUUAUUUAAAUACAAUACGGGAUGGAGAUUAAAGA